AUGUUUUGCUCAACUCUCCUGAGAAGGCAAAGUAGAGGUAAAAUCUUUCGUCGCGUUGAUGAAACCACGUCUACUUCCGCUCGAGUCAGGCUGUUUGCGCUCGUGAACUGCACACAUCAACAAGGAGAUAAACCAUUUCUCUUCAUAGCAGUUGUUUCUAUAAAUACCUCCACUGCUCGUUUCUACCUGCGAGGUUUCAACGCUGGGUGUGUGAGUACCCCACCUUACAUUUUAUCCACUAAAAAUGACGACACGUUAACCUUGUGUGUAAUGACGCUGACUAACUUAUAGGUAGAAGAGUGUUGGUUCGGUCCGGUCUAUGUGCUGAAAACAAAAGCAUGUUCAGGAACGUCUCAUGUUUACACCUCUACUUUGCAAGAGGAGGCAGAAAUCUAAGAACAGAUAGCAUCGAAAUAAUGAUUCAGCUCGAUUUUUUGCGGUUUCGUGUCAUUGUACAAACGGCAUUUUAACAGCCAAGCAGUUUGCUGAAGCCUUAAUGCGAUCAGCAAGUAGACUGAGCCAGUGACAGCAGAAAGUACGUAUUGUUCCUUUAUUAUUUAGGUCAGAUCCAGUCAGAUGAUCUUCUCCUGUCGCUUUAGUCAUCCACGCAAAUGCUGUAAUUUCUCAUGCAGACUUUAUCUUUGACUUUGUGUAUUAACAGUCAGUUUAUUUAAGUGAACAUCAGCACCAGAGAUGUUGCAGAUAUUAAGAUUAAGAUAGUGUAUCUGUCUACAUAUAUAUGCCAAGAUUUAUGUUGGAUUAAGACUGAGGUUUGAUCAAAAGGAAAACACAAUUUGCGAGUUCUUUUAUUGGCAGUGGUGCAUUGAUUCAAUAUUUGUUCUCCUGUUGUUGUUGAAAUAGUGAAGUUGUAUUGUUAUGUGUGCACACCUGCAGAAAGUCAUCAUUGCCUUAAAUGGAUGCAACUUUUAGCCUAAUUCCUUCUCUUCAAUCCAGCUUGGCAGGUGAAUAUGUGCCAGAGGACAAAGUGCAAACAGAUUACACAAUUUGUUUUUCUGUUAUCACAUUCAGUGUUGCAGGGAGGACAAAGUACUGAAGUUGCUCUGAGAUAUGCAUCUUGGGAUAAUUGUGGCAAACUGUGUUAUACCACUCCAACAUCUCCAGAAUUCAGAGCUUGUGUAGCGGUUACAUUAUUGUGUUAUGUCAAGUUAAGUAAAUGAAUAGUUGUGCGAGCAUUAGUUGGCUCUAAAAGUGCUUACCGAAUGCAGCUGUGUUUCUGUCAAAGCAAUAAUGAAAAUGAAAGUAGUUGAAUUUAAUAAUGCAUUAAAGUGAAAGAUUUUUGGCCUUGACAUUGUUCUCCCCCCACACUUUGAAGGGAACAUUGCAGGGAAAGAGAACUCCUGCAUAUGUCAAAGUCCUAAAUAUUGUUGGCAUGAUAUCUGUAAUAGCAGAUAAAAAAAACUAUCAGUUAAAGUAGGGCAUAUAUACCAACAUUUCUGCUGACAUGUACAGCUGAUAAGGCAUGGCAUGGAUUAUUUAUAUGGGCAUGAUAACAGUUAACAUUUAUCAAGGAUAAACUUCAACUAGGGCCCAACCGAUAGGGUUUUUUUGGGGGCCGAUGCCGAUACCGAUUCGGGGGAUCCGAUUACCGAUCAAUCGGCCGAUUUUUAUUUUUUUAUAAGUUACCGCCGCCGAUCGGUGCCUCCGCGUCUUAACUCACAUUACUCAUUUCCGAUCCGGUCUCAUCUGGAAACAUGCAGCUGCCUCAGUGAGAGAAGUAGCUAGAUAACGUUAUGUGUACUGUUGUUUAUUCUACCGUUACUGGCACGGCUAACAGUGUAGCAAGGCUAAUAGCAGAUGGCUAACUCUAACUUUAGCUUGCAUAUUACAUGGUGCUUCACUGUUAAUUUGGUGUGACUGAGACCAGCACAGCGGGGAACAUGGUGAAGUGGGUUGAACUGAAACUUGUUGACUUAUUGUGUAUUUCACAAACUGGUUUAUUUACCGUUGAGGCGGACCACUCUCCUCCGUGCGUCCCUGAGCUGCCUGCUUCAGAUCCGUCACUCUGCUGUGCUGUGAGGUAGUUAGUGGAUGAAGAUUGUCAUGAGGUCACUGCGCCAUCUACAGGAUAAGUCAGGGAACUUUUCAAAUGGCGGAACAUUUUCGAAGUGAAACCGAAUCUUAUUCCCCGCAUUUAUUUCUGAAGAUAUUGGCGAAAAUCGGCGAGUUUUGGUGGAUUACCGAUUAGUCUCAAAUGGGCUAAAAUUGGCCGAUUUAAUCGGCUCACCGAUAAAUCAGUCGGGCCCUAAUAUUUAGACAAUUACAGGAGUGCAUAUUACCAAUAACUAUUUUCUAUUAUCAUCUGUUUAUAACACGUUGUUCCUGAAUCAAAAUUACUUCCAAAAACACUUUUCCACCCCUCAUUUGGCAACAGUAAAGUUGAGGAUGGAUGAUAUUAAGCUGGUCUUCAUCUGACAGCACCAAAACAGUGUGAAAGUGUUGCAAUCAUGCCCAGGCUGCAUUCCAGCAAUGAACAAGGCAGCAGUCUGAGUGAGGAAGCAUUAUUGUUUAUUCAGAUUUUCUUAUUUAUUGCCGUUUAGACUUUUGCAAUACAUUAUUGGAAACGCUUACUUUGCAAUAACAUUAAAACUGAACUUUUAAGUAUGAAUGAAAGACCCGUCAGUUGCCUCUACCUCUACUAAGACUCAAAGCAACAAUCAUAUUUUUGCAUGUCUGUUUUAAAGGGAAUACAAAAAUAAUUUAUGCUACAAUCAGAUGUUGAUUAUCUUUUUACAGCUGGAGGACAGGUUGAAUGCCAGGACUGGAGAGACUUGAUCUUAUUUGCAAUGAAAAGAAAGUUUAUUUAUUAAAAUAUGUGUCAACCAAAAUGAGUUAAAAUAUCAGUAUAUUGUAUACCAGCAAAGAUCCACUGUUGUGCAUCCUGAUAUGCUGUCCUCACCUGAUUAUCUGAAUGUUUUUGUUUUUUUUCAGACCAGAAUGAAUGUGGGUGUGGCACACAGCGAGGUGAACCCAAACACUCGGGUCAUGAACAGUCGGGGGAUCUGGUUGACCUAUGCACUCGGUGUUGGCAUACUUCACAUCGUCCUCUUGAGCAUUCCCUUCUUCAGCGUGCCGGUGGUGUGGACUCUCACCAACGUUAUACACAACUUUGUAAGUUUCAGUGUCACAGUCUCUCUGCUGCUCACCGGGCUGAACAAACAAACUGGGCCAAUCACGUAACUGCCAAGUAACUCCAAGAGUAUGAAAACAAAUAAAACAUUCAUCUUGAAGAGGUUAACUUGAUAGUUAGUUGUGGCUGAGAAGGCCAAAUGAAUCUUGCAUGUGUUUGCAGCGGAACAGCCUGGUGUCUGUUACUCUCUUUUCUGCGCGCUUAUCAAGAUAUCCUCUAUUUUUGGAGCGGCUUUGGUUUGGCAGCCUAAAGCGUGACCUAUUACGAUCAUUUCCUUACUGCCCAUCGGGUCUGUUGCAAAUCUGACCUUUCAUUGUUCCCAGGCUGGACUGGCUGAAGAAACAAAGUCGAUGUGUGUGACAUCAUGAAGUUGUGCAAGCUCGAAGCAGUUAACAAGGAUUUUGUAUCACGGCCAAUACGGAAGGCUAUUAACAGUAACCAGCGAGGUCAACUAUGGCCUUUUGUUUUCACACAAUGCUGCAGCAGUGUGCUGAUUAUGACAUGGCUGGAUGCCAGCGCUUUAGUUUGAUUACUUUUACCUCUGUAAAGCAGGUUUUUCCACUUAAAGCUGCAUUCUUGUAUUUUGACGUAGUGGCUCGUAACUGAAAAAAAGUGUCGAUCCCAAGAUUGAAAACUUCGCCACUGUCUGCGUCAACAGUCUGCUCUGUUUUCUGUCGGUAGCUCCACCACCCGAACUCAGUUACCAAAAAUAGGCUGUGACUUUAUCAUUGCAAGUUUGAACUAUAAUUUUUUUUUACCACAAGUAGAAUUAACAUGCUGUCUUUUCAGGAGGAAAAAAACCUGAACUGUUUUAACAAAGCUGCAGUAGUCGAGGAUAAAACUAAGUCCAUAUGACCCCCUAAUGACUUAUGGUGCAGUGAAUGAUUAAAACAAACCAGCCAGUCGUUUUAAUCAGUUAGCUUUGGUCUUGUUCUCCACAGACUACUUCAGCACUACCACACUACAGCCUAUGUUUUUGUCUCCACAGGGAAUGUAUGUGUUCAUGCAUGCAGUAAAAGGCACACCCUUUGAGACCCCUGACCAAGGAAAAGCCAGACUUCUCACACACUGGGAACAGCUGGACUACGGCGUGCAGUUCACUUCAUCUCGAAAGUUUUUCACCAUCUCUCCGAUCAUCCUGUACGUAUUACAUAUCCCACAAUUUGGUUUCUAAUUUGGAAUUAAGUGCAUUUUACAGUUAGUCUGACAUCCACACUUGAAAUAGGUGUUUCUUUAUCACUUAAUAUACCUUUUAAAUGACAAAUAGACCUUUCUCAGUGAUUGUGGACUUAUCCAACAAAUAUAGACACAACCUUAGUAUUUACAUAAGACUCUUUAACAUGUAAGCCAACAGGAUAGAAAAAUAAACAGCAGUGUUUCAUCACGCAGGCCAAGUGCUUAAAGCUGGGGUAAGCAACUUUGAAAACACUUAAAAACAAAAAGAAUUUAAAAGAAUCAGUGAAAAAAUGCAGAAAUACUGAAACCACUCACUUUGACACAUGAAAAUUUACCCCCUGCUCACUACAGCAGAGGUGCAUGUUUGCAAGAGAGUAUUUUGAAGAGGAGAGCAGCACCAAGUUCUGACCCGUGACAGUAUAAAACUUCAAUUUCUGCUACUUUUGCAUAGUGAACUAUUUUCAAACUGUAUUUAUUGAACCUUUAUUAACCAGGAGAAAAGUAACACACAAAGAGCAGCAAAACAUAACAUACACUCACCAAGUAAAUUUAUAUGAAACAAAAAACAAAAUCAAAUACUCUUUAUAAUAAUAUCCGCAGCAUGCGAGUGCUGAGAAGAGGCCUGCAUGUACAGUACAACACUAUAAUCCAGCACGGUCUUAACAGUGGGAGGGAUUAAUCUCUUUUUGGACUCCAAAGGAAGGAGGUAUUUGAUUCUAAAAUAAAAGUCAUGUUCCAAGUUUAAUCGUCUCAUUAGCUGCUGAAUCGAAGGUGUAAACAAAAGAGAGUCUCUGAUUAAAACAGUGAAAGAAACUGCCAUCGUGCAAAAAAGGAAUAGGCAGAGUUUGGGAGUUGAUUCGUCUCAUAAAGGCUGAAUAAAGUGACUGAACAGAUUAAUAUCAGGUACCUUAAAGUGAUACUGUCCUUUUUUGAUGUUGGAGGAUUUACCACAAAAUUCAGUGGAUACAUAACAAGGCAGACUUGACUGCUUGCAUAACCUUUUAACGGCUUUUCUCCCUCAUUAAGUCAUAAUUAUGCAUUCAAAGAACAAGGCGGCUCGCUGUUGAGUAAAUGAACUGGUGGAGUUGAAGACAAGUAGAGGUGGUGGCAUUGGUUUCAGCUAAUUAGUCGUGGGCAGUGCACUCAUCCUUUCUCCACAAAAAAUCAAUGCUUCUGUCAGCUGCUGUACCGCUGCAGGGUGGCUAAAAUAGAUGGUUCUAGAAAGAGAUGUGUAUCUGCAUAACACAAUUUGCAAGUCCCCAAACAGACUGUUUUAUUCACCGCCAUAUCUGUCUGACCUCCUCCACAUCGCCACACCCGCCUGCUCACUCAGGUCAUCUUCCUCCACCCACCUCUCCGUCCCUCCUGCUUGUCUGGCAACCAUGGGGAGCAGAGCUUUCAGUCGCUCUGAAACACUACAUCUCUCUGUUUGUUCAAAUCCCAACUCAAAACAUACCUGAUUAGACCCGCAUACUCCACCUGACCUAUAGCACUGUAUCCCCUCCUUUAUUUUAAUGUAUAUGUGUAUUUAUAUGAUGUUUUAAUGUAUUCUAUUGUAUUUGGUUUUAAUCUCAUUUCACUUUAAAUCUUUUAUUAUUGUUCUAUAAUCUAUUUAUAUUAAAAGGCGACCUUGAGUGCCUUAAAGGGCGCCUUAAAAAAUAAAAUGUAUUAUUGUUAUUAUUAAUAUUAUUACCUUGGAGACUUACAUUAUGGGUUUUAUGGUAACUUGUUCAUCGCUCUCAGGAUGUAAAGAUAAAUAAACAACUAUAGAACAUGUGCAUUUAAACAAAGUUGCUUACCCCAGCUUUAAGUUUUUCUUUAAUCCACGCCUGCUGCAUGUGUGAGAACUUCACCAUGUGUCAGGGCUUAUCCAGCUGCUCAAACACUUCUCCAGGUAUGGUGAAGAUGACGUUUUCCAGGAGCUCAAAGGUUACGCAAUUUCAGCCAGAAAGUUCAGGAGAUAGUCAGGCUCUGGGUGUGUGUUAUGACUGAACCUGAUUGAGUAAUAUAUACUUGCUAGUUAAUCUCUCAUAGUGAUCAUUUUCAGGCUGAUAUGAAACUUUUGGGUUUAUUUGUUGUAUUAAUCGAUCUGUUUUUGCCCCGCAGCUACUUCCUGGCAAGUUUCUACACAAAGUACGAUACAACACACUUCAUCAUAAACACAGCUUCACUUUUGAGCGUCCUGAUCCCAAAGCUGCCGCAGCUACACGGAGUGAGACUGUUCGGUAUUAACAAGUAUUAAGUUAUUGUGAAGCUGCGCCUCCCAGCAGCAGCAGCAGAAGUGAAGUAAUGUGUAGCGUGUUACCCUGGAGUUGUACAGUUUGUGUAAAUGUCACUGUUGUCGUUUAGAUAUAUCAGGUUUAAGAUGAAAUGUUAAAAAACAGGAGUAGGUGUGUAGGUGACAGGUUGCCAUAUGCAUUACUAACUUAUGUGAAUAUUUAAUGAGGUAUUUUUGGCCUGCAUAGACCCGGGCUGGCCCAGGUGACAGUGAGGCUUUUGGUUGUUUUUCUCUUCUCUCCCGUCUUUGCCCUCCAAUUCACACGGUAACACAAAUUGUGAGUCUGUUUCUAGCCACAAAAAUGUCCCAAAUGUAUUUUUCAAAGAUGUUUACUUUCUAAGGGUGGCUCAGUAUUAAUUGGCACACUCUCAUUUUGUAAUGGGUGUCAAAGGUCUUCAUGCUGAGUGGAAAAUGGAAUCGUUUCUUUACCUGCAUGAUCUCCACGGUGUGUGAAUCAUUUCUCAUUUGUAUCUCAAUCAGAAAAGGGCAGGCUUUUUUCAUUGUACAGAUUUUUUGUGAAUGUUAUGUCCUGUAUGUAGAAAUGAGAUAAAUAAUUGUUGUCAGGUUAUGUGUUUACUAAGAGAGGUCUGCAGUGUCUGUGACGAACUUACAUUCAUGUAGCUGCUCUCUUUAGAUUACAACCUUUUUGCUAUUAUCAAGGCAGCUAGUCCUGCUUUGUUUGGCCAUAGCUCAUAGUACUCUUGAUAUUUCUUGUUCUUAAUCUUAUUAAAAUGUUGGUGCCCUCCAAGUGUGUCACUGUGGUGCUUUGCAUUUAUCCUAAUUAAAGACCGUAAUGAGACUUUGAGCUCCUUUUCAAAAAGCUUCAAAGUGCAGAAUAAGGUACUUACCCGCAUUUAGCAGCUUUAGUUGAAAUUAUAGUACAGAUGACUUAAUGCAGAUCAUUUUUUUUGUUUACCAGAGUGAGCCUUUAAGGUAGGUCAUUACAGAUUGGUUGUUUCUUAAUUUCUGGCAGCAGAAAUACAAAUAACUGCAUAAAAUAUCAAACCGGACUAAACUGGACGGCAUGCAGGAGAUAGAGCUCAAGCAUCUUUACUUGCAGCAAUAAAUCUGCUGAUGAUAUAUCAAUGCUUCUUCUGCUAGUGACCAAAGUUUUCAUGUGUAGAGGUGAAUGUUCACAGUGACCGGAUUCAAAAUUUCAUUAAAAAUCUGAAAAAUAAGUUUAAAACACUUUAGUUUGUGUAGUUAAUGACAAAUCAAAUCAAAUGUUGCCUCUGUUGCCCGUCCUUGACCCUAUCCACAGCCUUUCAGUACAACCAAAACAUGUUCAAAACUUUAUUAAAAAUAUAAUUAUGAAAUAAAAAAUUAUUCCUGUGGUUACUUCUGAGAGAACAAAGUUACAUUUUCUAAUAAAAGUAAAGCAGCUCUCA